AAAUUUUUUACGUAUUUUUCUAGUAUUUUGAUACCUAACUUAUUUAGUGCAGUGACAAUAAUAACUUUUAUAAAUUUCAUGACUUCAACACAUCCAAAUGUCGUCCAGAACAGGCAUGAUGGGCCUCGGCCGCUGGGACCUGGACGGCCUGGCUGUCUGCUUCCUCUCAUUCGUCGUCUACAUCAACACCCUCGGCCACGGGUUCGUCUACGAUGACCACCGAGCGAUCCUGACCAACCCAGAUGUUCUACCUUCCUCUUCAAUCUUCCAAGUCUUCCACAAUGACUUCUGGGGCACUCCCUUGUCGUCUAGCAGCUCUCAUGGCUCUUUCCGCCCCAUCGCCGUGUUGUCCUUUCGCCUGAACGUGUGGGCCUCGGGACUCCGCCCCUUUGGGUUCCACGCCACCAACGUCCUCCUGCAUACCAUCGCCUCCACUCUGGUGAUGAAGACAGCUCGGGUCUUCCUGCCAGGGAGGUCACCUACUCUCGCCGCUGCCCUCUUCGCCGUCCACCCUAUUCACGUGGAGGCUGUCGCCGGAAUCGUGGGAAGAGCCGAUAUUCUAUCUGCUAUAUUUUUUCUUAUGUCGUUUUUAUUUUAUGUAAACUAUGUGAAAGUGAGAGACAGUGCAUUGAGAUUGAAUAGUGUCAAAUUUAAAUCGGUAAAAGGUUGUGCUGUGAAAACACAAAAUGGAUCUUUUUGUGUGACAAGAAGUAGCUUAUAUUUACAAUUAUUAGGGAAAAUUACUUUUCCAAAAAGUGAAACGUUUUUCUACACACUAUUCUUUGUUUUUGCUGUAUUGGCUGUGUUGUGUAAGGAACCAGCUGUUACUGUGAUACCAGUAGCGGUCUGCUAUGACGUUAUUCUUCAUCUUCGAUCGACCAAGCUCAAACACCACAAAUGGUCAAGUCCACCGAGUGCCUCAGCUUCUAUGAUUGCCUUCUUUUCCAUUAUCCUCACACGACUCCUAAUCAUGGGUCUAAAAACUCCCAGCUUUUCAAAAGCAGACAACCCGAUAGCAAAAGAUGGUUCACUUAUCACAAGAACUCUUUCGUUUCUUUAUUUACCACUGUUCAACUUUAUACUUCUACUUUUCCCUAAAUCCCUUAGCUUCGAUUGGUCAAUGGAUGCAAUUCCUAGAGUUCAAAGUUUAUUUGAAUAUAGAUUCGUUUUUACAAUUGCGUUUUACGCUUUACUGUUUCGAUCAAUAAAAGUGUCUUUGAAAAGCUACUUUCCAGCCUCUAAACACUUCUCUAAACCAAAAAAUUGUUGUAAAACAUGUCAGCAUAUCUCAGAACCCCAUAUUUCUUCAUGUAGGCUUUACAAUAACAACAACAACCCUAUCCAGAAAUGUGUGUGUUUGGAGUACCUUCUUCCACUAAUGAACAGAAGAUCUGCUGGAAUGUUGUGCCUUGUUUUUAUCGCCCUUCCUUUUAUUCCAGCGGCCAACAUUUUCUUCUACGUAGGGUUUGUGGUUGCUGAACGGGUUCUGUACAUUCCUAGUAUAGGGUUCUGUCUUCUUGUUGCCCUUGGGUCGCAUGUACUGUAUACCAAUGGGAGGAAGUCUUUAGUUCUAGUCUGCUGUUUCCUCUUACUGACUGCCUUUGCUACAAAGACUCUACAGAGGAACCGCGAUUGGAAAGAUGACGAGAGCCUGUAUAGGUCUGCAACGAGCGUCAAUCCUGCUAAAGCAUAUGGAAACCUCGGUAGCGUGUUGAGUAGUGCAGGAAGGCUUCAAGAGGCUGAACAGGCCCUAAGACUCGCCCUACACUACAGACCAAACAUGGCUGAUGUACACUAUAACUUAGGGAAUUUGCUGAACCGCCAAAACAAAUUUCAAGAAGCUGUAGAAUCUUACGAGAGUGCUAUAAAAUACAGACCGUCUUUGGCAGUGGCCUACUUAAACUUGGGACAGACGUUGGAGUCCUUAACCCGUUUUGAGGAGGCUGAAGAACAUUACGUUAAGUGUCUCCAACUUGACACCGAAGGCUUGAAAGAUCCUCGAGCCCACGAAGAAGCUAAGAAAUCCUGUCUACAUUGUCUCAAACGGUUGUGUGGGGAAAAGAGUUGCGGAGAUCAGACUUCGAUUAUCAUUCAGGAACAAUCAACCAGCAGAAAAGAUUUAGGGGAUCUAAGUAAAAAUGACAAUUUCAAACUAACAAAGAAACAUGUUGAAAACCUCAGUUUAAACGACAACCACUUCCACACAGUGUUGAAAAAUAGAACUGCGAUUUCCAGAGAGGAGGAACGCUACCUUCACAAUCUUCAGAGCUCCCCGAACAAUCCAGCUAACUACGUGAGUUACGGACAGCUUCUAGUCAAGCAGGGCCGGAAGGGUGAGGCAGCUUCACUGUAUCUAAGGGCGGCUCAGCUGCAGCCCCAGCAUCAUUCUCUUGUCAUUUCUGCAGCCGUGGCUCUUAGACACGCCGGUAGACUUGGAGAGGCAGAGGCUAUGUACCGUCAGGCGAGGGAGCUGCGCCCUCAGGAUGCCACAAGUCACAGCAACCUAGGAGCGAUUCUUCACCUCCAAGGCAAGUAUCAGCAGGCAGCUUCAAGCUAUAGAGAGGCUCUUAGACUCACGCCUGGAGAUAGAGUGACGCUCGCCAAUCUGCAGAAACUGAACAACCUUCUGUCAAGGAACAAACGGUGACCUGACUCAGGAGUAAGUCCUACAGAGAGUAACACGUAAAGCGGUCAUAUCAGUAAAGAAGAUGAAUUCCUGAAAAAAAUUGCGAAGAAGGAAUACAUGAAAAACAAACAUCUAGGAAAAGGAGGAAUUUUACAAUCUCCAGCCUGCAGAAUCUAAAAAAACUUCCUCUCCAGGAAAAUGAGGUAAUUUCUGCAGUAUUCCAUUCUGACGAGAAAAUAACAAGAAGAGGAUAUGAGGACAAAGAAGAGGAGGUCUUGCAGAGGAAUAAUAGAAAAUAAUCAAAAAGUAUUAAUCAGAAACAGGAAAUCACCAAUAGAAGAAAUACUAGGGAAGAGGAGAUAGGGUUAAAUAUUAGAGGAAGAAUAAUUAAAGAUGAAGAAUAGAUCCAGAUUUAAGAUACUCCAAUAUACAAAUGUAUGGAAAUAAGACAUUUAGCUGGAGGAAGAAUGCGACAAAAGCAGAAAAUUGGGCAAAGUUUAAAUAUGCGAAUAGGAGGGAUACCUUAAAAAGGAAGAAUUGGUCAACAGCAGGAGAAUUGAAGAAUGAGAUUUGAACAAGAACAAGAACACAGGAGAAGAGGAGUAUGUCACUAAAAAAAAUUAGUUAAAACGAAGAACAACAGCUUUGACUAGUUUGUAACUAAUACGUUCGCAAUGAAUAAUUAAUGAAACUCUGCCAAAAACGUUUGUCAGAUAUUAUUUAAACAGCUAUUAUAUCAUGAUAUAACUUUCAUUCAGUAUAUAGUAUUCUUUAAACAUUUGAUUUGAGAAUGAGAAGAUUUGAAAAUAAGCUUUGAAAAUAGGGAGAUACAAAAUCAUUGAUAUUAAAAAAGACAAUCCGAUAGAAAAAGUCAUUUGAUACAACUUAUUGAACCAAUGAUUAUCAGAUAAAAUAAAUUAACAAGACACACUUUCAAAAAUACUACGAGUAAUUUAAGUAUUUAAUUAACAACCCCUCAUUAGCAUUAGAGAAAUAAUACAACAUCUGAUCAUUAAUCCAAUAACAUUGAUGAUGACAUAUAAUGUAAACAUUUUACUUAUAAAUACCUAUAUAACUAAGGGGUUAAAAACUUAUGCAUGAUUUUGAAACUACAGUAUAAUGUUAAAUUGUUAUAAUGUUAACUCCUAUAAACGAGCAUAUGACUUAAUUACAAUGUUUAAACUUGAACUUAAACAUAGCUACAUCUAAUACAUGUAAAAAUGUAUUAGAGGUGGCUGUGACUUAAAACAUCAGUAUUAAACGUGAAGCCUUAUUAUUCAAUGCAUGACGAUCAAAAUGUAUUUUUAUAUUGGUAUGGAAUAUGUAAAACUUUAUAUAAUCAAACUAUCAAAGCAUAAUUAUUAUGAUAUUUAUAAUACUGUAUUUUAACCACUAUGUAUUCUCAAAUGAGUUUCUAUUUCUUCGAAUACUAUAA